AUAUUGUUUUUAAGUAGUAACUAAUGCGCGUUUCUCAUUACAACAUGACAAACGUUGAGAUGUACUCAACAUGAAAAUAGAAGUAAUAUUUUCAAUGUUUACAUUUUGGCUGGUGGUUUCCUUCAUAACACCAACUGAUAGCGUUCAGUGUCUCAGUUGUAGCGGGGUACAGAAUCUAUCAACAUGUCAAAAUGUAACAGUGUGUUCAGAGAAUCAGAACUGUCUUGAAAACCAUGGCGUAAGCAUCAUUGGUAGGCGCACAGAAGAAACCAGUGGGCACGUGACUACACGAAGAUCUGGAGCUUGCUUUGAAUGUUGUUCGUCAGACAGUUGUAACGAACAGCUGUGCUCCCAUCAUUUACCUUCAUCAUGUGUGGACGACGAAACGGUGGAUUGUGCCAAACUUAGCCCUUUGUUCCAUAUCUGCACCAUCGACUAUGAACAUGCCGCACAAAUUUGCCCCAAGUUUUGUCGACUAUGUGAUUAUGCUGACGGGUAAUGGUCAGUGUGGACAAGUUGGUCAUCCUGUGACGUCACAUGUGGCAACACAACCUUGACCAGAACAAGGUCAUGUACAAAUCCUCCCCCUACAAACCACGGCAAAAACUGCACUGGGGAGACUGUUCAACAUAAGGAUUGUGUGCUUGACCACUGCCCAGUCGAUGGGGGCUGGAGUGAAUGGACAUCGUGGGAACAGUGCUCCGUCAGUUGUGGGGUUGGGAUCGAACACAGAGAGAGAUCAUGUGACAAUCCAACUCCUUCCCUAUUCGGACAACACUGCUUCGGAUACAACCGAGAUGACAAGAUAUGCACAGGGCCACCUUGUCAAAAUGGACUUUGGUCACAUUGGGAAUCUUGGUCACAGUGUUCUACCACGUGUGGACAUGGUAUCAAACAUCGUUUUAGGAAAUGUGCUAACCCUGCUCCUUCUUUGCUUGG